AUGGAGGCCAACACCUCAGAGGAGGACCUCCCCGCUGGAUGGGCUGUACACUUCACUCUCUUAAGGUCCGGUCGCAAAAUUAAGGAACAGGUUUUUGGGAUGGCUUGUGUUCAUGGUCCAUGUAAUGGACUGUGGUUGGAAAUCAGGAACGAUUGGCUGUAG